AUGAGGGCAUGCGGAUAUGAUGGAGGUUGUGAAAACACGACGUCAGACACAAAAGAGACCCAACAAAUGCUAAAAUUUGUCAUAAAGAGGAGAUCCGGACAGGAGGGAAAGCGGCAUAGAGCAGGAGGAGGAGAGGAAAACAGCGGAGGCAUACCAGGAAAAUUUUCUGUUAACACCCAAAUUACUCCCCCCAAUAUCUCUUCUUCACCCACUAAAAUCUUCUUUACUCUCCUUCUCUUUGCGGACUCCUUUGCCGGCAAGAGCGUCGCACUCGUGCAGGGAAGCACCAUCCGCGCGCUCGAGACGGCGGGCGCUCUGAAACCGGAGAUCGGCGCUGCCUUCGAAGCCCUAGGACACUAUUCCGCUCAGUCAAAAACCAAACCUUUGGAAUUCCAACCAUCCAAAUUAAUUUCCAUUAGCGCACUAGAACUGAAAUCUGUGACCGAACCUGAUACAAGAAAAGCCCAGAAAGAGGUGAAGUCGAUUGACUUCAACUGUUUGAAAUGUGAUAUCCCACCACUGCAGUUCGCGAACAGUCUUAUUCUAUACCGUAAUGCUGUGAAAAACAUGGAUCAAGGGAGGCAGGUAUUCACAGUGGACCUUCUUGAACGGUAUGCUGCAAAAGGGCGUGGAGUUAUCACUUGCAUGGCUGCUGGAAAUGAUGUCAUUGUGAUUGGAACCAGCAGAGGAUGGGUCAUCAGGCAUGAUUUUGGGCUUGGCAAUUCAUCUGAGAUUGAUCUUACUGUGGGUCGUCCUGGGGACCAGUCAAUCCACAGGGUUUUUGUUGAUCCUGGAGGGAGUCACUGUAUUGCCACCGUUGUUGGUCCUGGAGGAGCUGAAACUUUUUAUACUCAUGCCAAAUGGGCCAAACCACGAAUUUUGAGCAAGCUGAAAGGUCUUGUUGUAAAUGCUGUUGCAUGGAACAAGCAACAGAUAACUGAAGUUUCCACGAAGGAAGUUAUUCUUGGUACAGAAAAUGGUCAACUUCAUGAGCUGUCCGUGGAUGAGAAGGAAAAGAAAGAGAAGUAUAUAAAGUUUCUCUUUGAGUUAAGAGAACUUCCAGAAGCUUUUAUGGGCUUGCAGAUGGAAACGGCUAGCAUGAUUAAUGGGACUAGAUAUUAUGUGAUGGCUGUUACUCCUACACGUCUUUACUCUUUCACUGGCUUUGGGUCACUGGAAGUGAUUACUGUUAUAUUGCGUCAACGGAGAGCUGUACAUUUUGCAUGGCUUUCUGGAGCUGGUAUUUACCAUGGUGGCUUAAAUUUUGGAGGACAACAGAGCUCUUCAAGUGGAAAUGAAAAUUUUAUUGAGAACAAGGCUCUUCUGGACUACUCCAAAUUGUCUGAAGGAGCUGAAGUAGUUAAACCGAGUUCAAUGGCGUUGUCUGAAUUCCAUUUCUUGUUGCUUCUAGGGAAUAAGGUCAAGGUUGUAAACAGAAUUAGUGAGAAUAUUAUUGAGGAACUUCAGUUUGAUCAAACUUCUGAUUCAGCAUCAAAGGGUAUUAUAGGGUUGUGUAGUGAUGCCACAGCUGGUUUGUUUUAUGCAUAUGACCAAAACUCCAUCUUUCAGGUGUCUAUCAAUGAUGAAGGCCGAGAUAUGUGGAAAGUAUAUCUUGACAUGAACGAAUAUGCUGCUGCUUUAGCAAAUUGCCGUGACCCUUUUCAAAGGGACCAAGUAUACUUAGUGCAGGCUGAAGCUGCAUUUUCUUCUAAAGAUUAUUUUAGAGCUGCAUCUUUCUAUGCCAAAAUCAAUUAUAUUUUAUCAUUUGAAGAGGUCACUUUGAAGUUCAUUACUGCUGGUGAACAGGAUGCUUUGAGAACUUUCUUAUUGCGGAAGCUUGAUAAUUUGGAAAAGAGUGACAAAUGCCAAAUAACAAUGAUAUCCACUUGGGCAACUGAAUUGUACCUGGACAAGUGCGACUCCGACUCUGGUGAUGAUGGUGGUUUCGGCAGCAUAGAAGACGAUGGCAAGUGCAAGGGCAACGACGACAACAAAAAGAGAAAAAGAGAACCUAAAGUAGUGGAGCAAUUUCUGAUACUCUACUAUGGCUUUAGGCAAUUAAGUGACUCCUUCAGUUGUAUUCUUAAUCUUAAUUCUAUAAACAGACUAUUGUUGGAAGAUGACUCUGCAUCAGAGAAUAACAAUUUAGAGUACCAAUCAAUUAUUAAAGAGUUUCGUGCUUUUCUCAGUGACAGCAAGGAUGUAUUGGAUGAAACAACUACAAUGAAACUUCUAGAAAGUUAUGGAAGGGUUGAAGAAUUGGUAUAUUUUGCUAGCUUAGAAGGGCAGUAUGAGAUUGUAGUUCACCAUUACAUUCAGCAAGGAGAAUCAAAGAAAGCAUUGGAAGUGCUUAAGAAACCUUCUGUGCCUAUAGAUCUGCUGUAUAAGUUUGCUCCAGACCUCAUUGCCCUUGAUGCGUAUGAAACUGUGGAAUCAUGGAUGGCUACAAAGAAUCUGAACCCAAGGAAACUGAUUCCUGCAAUGAUGCGCUAUUCAAGCGAACCACAUGCAAAGAACGAGACACAUGAAGUUAUUAAAUAUCUUGAAUAUUGUGUUCAUCGAUUACACAAUGAAGACCCUGGAGUUCAUAACCUGCUACUUUCUUUAUAUGCAAAACAGGAAGAUGAUAGUUCACUUCUACGUUUCCUACAAUGCAAAUUUGGGAAAGGACCAGAAAAUGGUCCUGAGUUCUUCUAUGAUCCUAAGUAUGCCUUGCGUCUUUGCCUCAAGGAAAAACGAAUGCGUGCCUGUGUUCAUAUCUACAGCGUGAUGUCGAUGCAUGAAGAAGCAGUUGCUCUUGCCUUACAGGUUGAUUCAGAGCUUGCUAUGGCUGAAGCUGAUAAGGUUGAAGAUGAUGAAGAUUUGAGAAAGAAACUCUGGCUAAUGAUUGCUAAGCAUGUUGUUGAGAAAGAAAAAGGAACUAAGAGGGAAAACAUUAGGAAGGCAAUUGCAUUUCUUAAAGAAACUGAUGGCCUGCUAAAGAUUGAGGAUAUAUUACCAUUCUUUCCAGAUUUUGCUCUGAUUGAUGACUUCAAGGAGGCUAUAUGCUCAUCAUUGGAGGAUUACAAUAAGCAAAUUGAACAGCUGAAAGAAGAGAUGAAUGAUGCAACCCGUGGUGCCGACAACAUCCGAAAUGAUAUUAGUGCUCUUGCCCAAAGAUGCACUAUUAUUGAUCGAGAUGAGGACUGUGGGGUUUGCCGUCGAAAAAUUCUAAGUGCUGGGAGGGAGUUCGGCAUGGGUCGUGGUUAUACGUUAGUAGGACAAAUGGCUCCCUUUUAUAUCUUCCCGUGUGGACAUGCCUUCCACGCCCAAUGCCUGAUUGCCCAUGUGACUCGUUGUACAGUUGAUUCCCAGGCUGAGUAUAUACUGGAUCUGCAGAAGCAACUUACUUUGAUGGGCAGUGAAACAAGGAGAGAAUCCAAUGGCACCCUUUCUCCAGAAGAGUCCAUUCCUAACAUGAGCACCGCAGACAAGCUCCGGUCACAACUGGAUGAUGCAAUAGCUAGUGAAUGCCCAUUUUGUGGCGACCUGAUGAUCCGUGAGAUUUCAUUGCCUUUUAUCCAUCCCGACGAAGAGCAACUUGUGCUACUAUCAUGGGAGAUAAAACCAAGCGCUGGAAACCAGAACCAGAGAAAUAUCUCGUUACCUGCAUCUACUUAA